CAAUCCUAACCUCAAUUCUAAAUUUCUAAAACUAACCUCCAACUCGUGACCGUUCAUGCUGUUCCGACCAUUGAUUUAAUUACUCAUAUUGUGGUUGUACCUUCCUGAGUUUUAGAGUUAACAAAGCAAACAAAAUGAGUUCCAGAAAAGAAGAUGUUCUGCCGCAAAUGAAAAACCCCAAUCAUAUAAGAAAUAAAAUACGCAGGAGAGAACUAGUAGAAAAACAGAGACAGUUAUUGAAAAAGCAAAAAAAGGCAGAAAGAAAGAGAAGAAAGGCAGAGGGUGAGGCUCCAGGUAUCCCGAGGACAAUCGAAAACACAAGAGAACCAGAUACUACAGUUUUGGAUCCACAAGUACAGGAGAAUGAGGAGAGGAUUGAAGAAAUGAAUUUGGAUUUACAAACUGAUGAAUUCCAAAGCUAUUUUCAAAACCAGUAUGAACCCAAAGUUCUCAUAACAUAUUCGGACAAUCCUUUAAGGAAAACCAGAGUAUUUGGUGUGGAGUUAGGCAGAGUGAUCCCCAACUCUCUGACUAGGUACAGACAGAGGUGCAGUGUUAAGAGGAUAGUCAAGGAUGCUACGGCCAAGAAGUUCACCGAUGUCCUUAUAAUCAAUGAGAACCAUGGCGAACCUAAUGGUCUCGUGGUAAUUCAUCUUCCCGAUGGUCCAACUGCUCAUUUUAGGCUUAGUAACGUGAAAAUCACUCCAGAGCUUAGGAAAGACUGGAAGGAAAUUUCGUCCCAUCGACCUGAAGUGAUUCUGAACAAUUUUACCACUCGUCUGGGUCAAACAGUCGCUAGAUUGCUUGCUUCUAUUUUCAAUAUCAACCCGGAAUUCAAGGGACGGAGAGCAGUCACCUUCCACAACCAGAGAGAUUACAUCUUUUUUCGACAUCACAGGUAUGAGUUCAGCCCCAAGGCCAAGCCUCGCCUGAAGGAGCUUGGUCCAAGGUUCACUCUACGGCUACAGUCCCUACAACUCGGAACAUUUGACAGCAAGACUGGCGAAUAUGAAUGGAUACAGUCCGGCAGACGACACGAACUGGAGACAUCUAGACGUCGCUUCUACUUGUGAAUUUGUAUUUAGAGAAGUAAAAACUGUUUUU